GUGACGUCACGAAAUACGUAACCCGUUCCAUAAACAGACCGCCAAAGUAAGUACAAUUUGUAAACUACCUGGGGUUUGUCUCUACCGGCACCCUGUUUAUCAAGAACUAUCAAAGAAAACCAAUCAGCAAACAUAAACGUCCACUUAGAGAUCCUAUACCACUGUGUGUACAGUAAUGUCCCAUUACAGAACCGACAUGUAUUUGAAUUCGACCUUACAUGCACGAUGGAGCUACAAGCCAUCAUGCUGCCAGUUUGCUUGAUCAUGCUAUCGGUGUGGAUUUGUCCAUUGAACUCCACCUUAGUUCGUGGUAAAGAUGAUACAAUCCAAAAAUCUAAACUGAUAAAUUUAACUGCUACUGCGAGACAUCACGUGCCCUAUCCGGGAUCCCACAUCAAGAUCCCAUUUUGGAAGAGGAGAUUUGUUGGGAUAGGUUUAGUAAGACCACAAAACACCAACCUUUCACCUAAACAAAAAAUCCUGUAUCGUUAUCUUUCUGGACUAUAUCGCAAUAGGAAACGGACAAACCGGAAGUACGGGGCGGAAGCGUGGUGCCAAACACAGGAAUGCAUUGACCAUAUGCUUUCGUUAGAUCCAAGCUAUCCGGAUGCAGUAGGCAGUUUUGGACGUCGAUGAGCCAUUGUUUAGAUCUAUUUUGUUUGAAAUUUCACGAGGACGCCAACACUACCAAAGAAGAAAUGAAAAUUGUGCGGUUUAAUGCAUCGUGGUAUUCUCUGAAUGUAUCCCUUUAAAGGUAAAUUCGGGUUCACUUUUGAAUGGAUUAUAACAUGUAUAACUUUAUCUAUAUUUUUGUCAAUAAGAAAAUAUUGAAUUGAAUCUCAUUGCUUUAUCAUGUACGCGCUUUAUAAUGAGAAUUAACAUUGGACAUUAUUCCAUAAUAAACAACGUGUUCACAGCAA